AUGGCUGAUAGAGGAACGCCACUUACUACAAGCGUGUUGAGGAAGUUUGUAGUAGCCAUCAUACAACGAAAUGGAAAACCAACUAGAAUAAACCUCGAGAAGGGACCCAGUAUGAAAUGGAUAAGAAUUUUUUUUGCACGCAAUCCAGAGCUUAAAAAGAGGAAACCAGAUCGGGCUGAUAAUGGUAGGCUUAAAGUUACCCGGGAGGAGGUGGAUGAGUAUUUUCAGCUUCUUGAAAAAACUAUCAAUGAACUCAAAGUGACACCUGACCAGAUAUUUAAUGUUGACGAGACAGGUUUUGAUGGACAUGAACAGUCACGAGAAAAAGUGAUAGUUGUUGGUAAACAGCACCCGUACCAGCAGCAGAUGACAACUGGUAUAGGACACAUAACACUGAAUCUUGCCAUAUCUGGCGCAGGACGUUAUCUACCACCUAUGGUUAUAUUUUCCAAGAAUGUCCCUCGAGAUCUUGAAACUCUCCCUGAUUCAUGGAAUGUGACCUCUUCUAAGAAAGGAUAUAUGGAUAGUACCCUUUUUGUGGACUGGUUGAGUCAGUCGUUCAUACCUAACUGUGGAAGGGAUAGGCCAGUGUUGUUAAUAAUGGACAAUCUUGGAGCCCACCUCACUCCUGAUGCUAUUGAUCUGGCAAGAGAGAACCAAGUGGAGAUGCUAUGCCUUCCACCGCACUCAACACACCUACUCCAGCCAUUGGAUGUUCGCAUUUUUCAUUUACUGAAAACAAACCUUUCUAAAGUAGCAUCAAGGCUUGGGCACCAGGUAAAUCGUAUUUCCCGGGGAAAAAUGCCCGAUUUGAUCAAGUAUGCUCUGUCUAUGUUGUCAGAACAUGAUAUUAUAGAAGCAUUUAGACUUACAGGCAUCAUACCAUGCAAUCCUAGUAUUGUAACACUUUUGAAACAGACACUUUCCAAACGGACAGAUAUAGAAAAUGAAGGUAACCCCAACCAUCUGGUCAACAUGGGCAUCGUGCCAGCUGCCCUUGCAGACAUUCUAGUGCCCCCGCCCCCUAGGAGGGGUAAGAAGAGAUUCGAUGGUGCGAGACUUAUUACUGCACCUGACACGCUUCAACAGUCCACUUCCAACAAUGCAACUGAAGUGCAACCAUCUACAUCAGCUUCUGUCACACCUGAUGAAAUCUCUGUACCAGUGGAAGAAUACCCUGAUGAUGGCAUCUGCGUGGUUUGCAUGACAAAUCAGAGACUUGAAUGGAUAGGUUGUGACAGAUGUGACAAUUGGUUUCACUAUGCCUGCUUGAACAGGGAAAAUCAGGUUUUGGUUGACUUGAGUGUGGUUACUGGAGACACGUGGUCCUGUGGUUUUUGUGAGGAAGAAUAG